UCCCAGGGCUCUCUAAGUGGCCUUUCUGGUCAUCUCCUAGUUUUCUCUGCCUCCAGGGAAGGACUGCACUUGCCUUACCACAGUUAGUAGAAGAGUUUGAGUAAAGCCAUUAGUAAGCAAGCGUGGGAUAACUAGAAUCCCACAAGGCGAGGGACUGAGGGAUUACCUGGUGUCUUGGUUCUCAACCUUUCUCAGCCUACCAACCACUAACCAUUUCUGGAAACUGUCAGUGACCAGACCAAUGUAAUUGUCUUUCAAAGACCCAAUGGUCCCUGGGGGAACCAAUGAAGACAUUAGAGCAGGAAUUUAGAAGGGUCAUUGACUAUUCUGUAGAGGAAGAGCUGCUAAAUUGGAAGUUGAAGGCAGGGAGACCAGAUGGGAGGAUGAAUAGGGCAGUGAAGUCGCUGAGACAAAUGCCUGGAUUGGAGAGAUACUUGGGAGAUAAAAUGAACAGGAUUAGAUAACUGACAGGCGAGGGGGUGGAAAGAGGGAGCAUUCGAGACUCCCAGGCUUCCAGGGGCACCCGGGUGGCUCACUUAAGCCUCCAAGUCUGGGUUUGGGCUCAGGUCAUGAUCUCAGUGUCCUGAGAUCUAGUCCCCAGUUCGGUCUCCGAGCUCAGCGGGAGUCGGCUCGGGAUUUUCUUCCUCCCCACUCCCUCCGCUUCUCUCUCUCAAAUAAAAAUAAACAAAUCUUAAAAAAAGAAAAAGAAGAAGAAAGACUCCCAGGCUUCUGGUUUAGGCUAUACGGGAAGAUGGUGGGCCCAUUACUGGGUUAGGGUAGCAGAGGAAGAGCAGGUUUGGAAGGAAUAUGAGUCCCCCGCAAGAUGUGUUAGAGGCUUACAUCGGGCCUCCAGAAGGAGGUGUCCAAGGGGUUGAAUAUAAGGCUGUGGCGCCUGGGAAAGGGGUCUGGAUGGGUCGGCAAGGCAAUGGAGAGGAGCCAUGAGGUAUUAUUAACAACAGUAAGGAACUGAGGAGGCUGCCGGGUUUGGGGUGUGCAAAGUGUGGAAGGUUACGUGGUGGGGUUGCCAGCCGGACGCUCAGCCCACUCACUAUUAGAGCCCAGGAGACUGGUGGGGAUGGGUGGGGAGGAACCGGAUUCUGUCCCUCCCGCCCUGCCUCCUCUCGUCCUCCUCAGCCAUUGGGCAAUUCCUCUGUCCGUCAAAGGCCCGCCUCCGCAGGUAAACCAAUAAGAGCCGGCGAGAUGAUGCUUCCUUCUCCUUCUGGAUCUGCACAAGGGGCCGCUUCAAGGAGGUGAGGCGGGAGGAGUGGCAGGCGCAGCACUGUGCGCAGAGGCGGAACUGACGGGACGGACCUGGUGGCAGUGGCGCAAGCUGGUGAGAGGGGAGCUAAGGUCCGAGGUAGGGAAGGGGGCAAUCGUGGAAUGGGGACUCCUUGAACCUCGCCUGGCGUCGCCUGCGCCUGGUCCUCCCCGGCCGGCAGGAUCGGAUCAGGUGAUGAGGUGGGGAGACGAGGUCUAAAGAAAGCCCCUUUUCCUGAAGGAACAUAUUUGCUGCUAUAGUUUCAUAAUGUCAAAUACUUUGCCCUUCUGGAUCUUAAAAAAUUCUGCAAGGAACAGCAUUGCCACGUUACAGGGGGGCAGACGUUUAUAUUCAAGGUGUGCCUCAAAUAGAAAUAAAUCAAGAUGGAGACUCUUUUCCCAGGUACCAGGCACUGGAAAAAGCAGUGUCCCAUGCAGUUUCUUUGCUCUGCAGAAAGCCUACAGACACACAUCAACAGAGGAAGAUGAUUUUCAGUUGCAGCUCAGCCCUCAGCAGGUAAAUGAAGUGCUGCGAGCCGGUGAGUCGGCCCACAAGAUUCUUGACCUCGUCAGUGGAGUCCCAAAUUCGGUGUUACGGUUUGAGAGCAACCAGCUGGCUGCCAAUUCCCCAGUGGAAGACCGGCGAGGUAUCGCCUCCUGCCUGCAGACCAACGGGCUGAUGUUUGGCAUCUUUGACGGACACGGUGGCCAUGCGUGUGCUCAAGCUGUGAGCGAGAGGCUCUUCUACUACGUGGCCGUGUCCCUGAUGUCCCAGCAGACCCUGGAGCGGAUGGAGGGAGCCAUGGAAAGCAUGAAGCCCCUGCUGCCCAUCCUGCAUUGGUUCAAGCACCCAGGGGGCAGUAUCUACAAGGAUGUCACGUCAGUACACCUCGAUCACCUCCGCGUCUACUGGCAGGAGCUCCUUGAUCUGCACAUGGAAAUGGGACUCAACAUUAAGGAAGCAUUAAUGCACUCCUUCCAGAGACUGGAUUCUGACAUCUCUCUGGAAGUCCAGGCGCCCCUGGAAGAUGAGAUGACAAGGAACCUUUCACUCCAGGUCGCCUUCUCUGGGGCAACAGCUUGCAUGGCCCAUGUGGAUGGAGUUCACUUGCAUGUGGCAAACGCUGGUGACUGUCGGGCCAUCCUUGGGGUCCAGGAGGACAAUGGCAUGUGGUCUUCUCUACCCCUGACCUGCGACCACAAUGCCUGGAACCCGGCUGAGCUGUCACGGCUGAAGAGGGAGCACCCUGAAUCAGAGGACAGGACGGUCAUUGUGGACCACAGGCUGCUGGGUGUCCUCAUGCCCUGCAGGGCCUUCGGGGACGUCCAGCUGAAGUGGAGUAGAGAGCUACAGCACAGUGUCCUGGAGAGAGGCUGCGACACCGAGGCCCUCAACGUUUACCAGCUCAGCCCCCCGCACUACUAUACUCCACCCUACCUGACUGCCAAGCCCGAGGUCACCUACCAUCGGCUGAGGCCCCAGGAUAAGUUCCUCGUGCUGGCCUCGGAUGGCCUGUGGGAUGUGCUAGGCAACGAGGAAGUGGUGAGGCUGGUGGUGGAGCACCUGGCCGAAGCGGGUCAGCACAAGCCGGACCUGGCCCAGAGACCUGCCAACCUGGGGCUCAUGCAGAGCCUGCUGCUGCAGAGGAAGGCCCAGGGGCUCGGCGCAGCUGACCAAAACGCGGCCACGCGUCUCAUCCGACAUGCCAUAGGGACCAAUGAGUACGGGGAGAUGGAGCCGGAGCGGCUAACAGCGAUGCUGACGUUGCCAGAGGACUUGGCGAGGAUGUACAGGGAUGACAUCACUGUCACGGUGGUGUAUUUUAACUCAGACUCAAUAGACGCAUAUUACAAGGGGGCCGAGAGGCUCCCAUAUGGCCAAGGUUAACUUAAAUGCUUUGCUAAGACAUUUUUCACUUACCCUUAAGCUGGCUCUUCAGACCUUACUGUUAAAAAGGCAGGCAGAUGUAGCUUGCUAGAAAUAGACUGAUGUGAGGAAAAAAACAGCCUUGGUUUAAAAACAGUAGCAGUGAUUUCAUGUCCCCACGGGUUUCAGUCACCUUUUCUACAUAGAGAAGGCAGAGCAUUGAGAGCGUAUGGGCUUGGGCCCAUAGCCAAAGUUCUUUAUAAAGACACUGUUGUUGAACUGUCAGCCUGAGCCUUCAAAUGGUAAAUUUAAUCAUUGUUCUGAAAAUAUGAAGAACUUCAGGAUUUUCUGAGGUUGUGCCGCAAAACCAGCAAACUUGGCGGUUUUCCUUGAUUCACAAUCAUGGACAUCUAGACUAUGAAGGGAGGUUUUCUUUAUUUUUUAUUUUUAAAUUACUAAGACCUAGGUUUACAAAGCAUAUUCUAGAAUACUUUCCUAUGCAAUAUUCUAACUUGUUUAUGUGAUUAUGCUUGUGAAAACAUUUUGUGAUGCUGCAUCCUCGAUGUGUUUCGGUUUGUUCUAAAACGGAGCCCUCAGACUUGCAAACAGGCCUGCUGUGAGCAUGCUUGGAGUGACUCCUCUUGGCUUUCUGCUGAGGGGAUUGGGGGUGGCUAGGCUUCUGGGCCAGCUGAAUUCCCUGUGUGGCUUGUGAUCCUUUCUGCUGUGUCCCACCCCUUGAACCUUGAGCCAUACCUGGAGGUAACUUCUAAGCCUUAAUUCCUGGCCUUCCCUGCGUUAAUAAAAUACCCUCUGGGGCUUAGCCUCUGGGGGAGUUAUUUAGAGCACUUAGCCUUUCUGAUUAUACCUCUCAAGUGUUGCGUGAGUUCCACCUACUCCUCCUACCUCUGUUGCUGCUGACUGCGCAGCGCUGUCUGGGAGGAAGGCUCCCUCCUCGGUCGGUUGCAGGGAAGGAGAAAAUGGGAUUAUGUGGUGCGGUAGUCCUGACAGGUGAGUGGGCAGGACUGGCAGAUGCAAUGGAUUUGGGCUUAAGACUCGGCCUGGGCCUGGACAGGUGGAAACACGAAGGACUUGAGAAGUCGCUAACCAGGUCUGCCUGUGUACGUCCUAAGAGGCAGUGGGGAAGAGGGAGGAGUGAGAUUUGUCAGAUGGGACACUUGCCUCGAGACUGUGGGCUGAACCGCUGUGGCUACUCCUCGGGGCCCAGACCAUAUUUAGUUUAAGAGUUGGGGCAAAAAUAAAAAUGUGACCCAUAAUGGCUUCUGUGGGCAGCAUAAUCUUUGUGUUUAUUUCAAAUUAAACCAUGUGCAUCCUUUCUCGGGGAACGAAUUUCAUGUUCUUGUGAGUUACCGUGGCAUUUAAACAACAGGAAAUGUGUCCCUAAACGGAAACACAAAUAUAAUCCCACAAAGCUAACAGUUCUGUUUCCUGCACUACGUUGGUUGAUCCCUCUCCUCAUCUCUACCUUGUGCCAUCCACUGAAAGAAAAGAGUUUGACUUUUCAUGUCCCAGUGACAUUCAUUCACUUCUAGCUGGGGGUCAUGCCCCUGUUUUCCAGUGUAACUGUUCAGUGAUGGGGCUUCAUCUCUCCGGUGCUUCAGCCUUGGUCCUUUUAUCCCGAAACCAUUAGUGUUCCUUUUCAUCUCCUAGAUCUUAAUUGAGAAAUGAGACAUGAAUCACUACUAUUGUGCUUGCAUGCAGGUUUGUUCUAGAGCUAAAGACUGUCUGGCAUCCUUUGUUCUUUUCUUUUUUUUUUUUUUAAAGAUUUUAUUUAUUUAUUUGACAGAGACAGACAGCCAGGGAGAGAGGGAACACAAGCAGGGGGAGUGGGAGAGGAAGAAGCAGGCUCCUAGCAGAGAAGCCUGAUGUGGGGCUCGAUCCCAGAACGCUGGGAUCACGCCCUGAGCCGAAUGCUUAACGCUGCGCCACCCAGGCGCCCCUGACAUCCUUUGUUCUUGAUGCCAGUAAACCCUGGCACACCUCGGAGCAUUUACUGGGAUUACAGACUGUCUGAAUCCUGUUUUGGAGCCUAGUGUGGGUCAUAAAAUGCUUCUGAUUCAGUAACUCGUGGGACAGCUGAGAGGAUGCAGACUUCCCGUCUGCUUCUCCAAGCAUAUCUGUGUUCUCUCUCUGCUAAUAUAUUGCCUGCUUUCUAACUGGUAUAUGGAAAUGGAAGAAAGUCCGGUUUAUUGUCUGCCGUUUUCCGUUGUGGACUCUCUCAGCUCUUUCCCUGAAUGCUCCAAGGAAACUGGUUAACCUCCAGCAUGUCUGUCUCCCCGACCGCAUUUCUGGUGUCACUGGCCUUUCUGAGACACAAGGGCUAUUGCUUGAGGACACUGGAAUUUGAGAGGGGGUUGGUGGUACUUGUCAGUCUUCCAAAGCAUUUAUCAUUCCUUUUAUGUAAAGCUUUCAAUUUUGAGACCUCUAAAAUGAACUAAAAAAUAAGAUUGACCAUUUAGUAUUUUGGAUGUCACUUGAAUAAAGUAUGCUUUGGUUCUUUAAAUUGCGUCUUAGUUUGAGUAAGACACUUUGGUAAUAUUGGCAUAAUUUAGAUAUUGUUUUAUGUAUAAAUAAUGCAACUCUGCUGAUUCCAGGGAUUGGUCAAAAUAGAGAAGAUGAUAUAGUUCUAAAUUCAAAUUAGUAUGCUAGGUCGAGUUACUUAGAUUCAGUGUUCUGAAGUAUUAUUUGUAACAUUAAAGCUAAUUUGUUAUUUUUUAAAAAGCUGAUUUGUUAUAAUGAAAAUGUGAACUUUGAGGUUUAAUAUAUAAACAUAGUUUUCCCAGAAGUAUGAUUGGCCUAAAAGAUCAUUAGUAUUGGACUCGCUCGGUAAAAGUUCGGGUUAGACCCAAUUGAACUGGCACCUUUUGUACAUAAAUGAAAUAUAAACAGCUUGAACUUGAGUCAGCUAAAGAAGAGAAUAAUGAAUUGUAUGGAACAAGAAAAUGUGUUCAGAAUGAGUCUGGCUUGACUCUUUUGUCCCUCAGUUCCUGGUAACCUAUCUUCAUUUGACAGUCUUGGGAGGCCUCCACUUCCCAGAGGAUCCUGGAACUGAGCCAUCCUGGUUUCAUCUUGAAGUGGUGCAUUUGUCUCUGAACAUGACUCCUUCCCCUGGCAGAAAAAAUGCUGGGGUAGCUUUGGAGCUGGGGUGUAAAGGCUGGUGGGCCUGUCGUCAUGCGAACUGCCUCGCAUCGCUGCUCGGGACCGCGGGCGGCUGUGCCACCGUUCCCUGAGCCAGCUGAGGCUCUGUCCCUUAUACCUGGGGCACCUGAUGUGUAACUUGUUUCCCGGAAAAUAUUUCUUAUCAGGCAUUGACUUGGAGAAAUGAUUAACCCUGUUCUUUAAUAUUUACUGACACUUGUAUUUUAAGCUGUACAGCAAUGUUCUUAUUUGACAUCGAUUCUCUAUUAGAGAUAUUUAAAUGAAACUUGUAAAUAAAAGGCAAAAUGAAA